AAUGGCCGAGCAGGUCUCAAGUGAUGAGCCUCCAACAGAAGAACAAGAAUUAGAUAAAGAAACAGAAGUAAAAGAUGACUCUUUACCUCACACAUUGAAUAUCGAAAAUCAUGCUGUUAAACAACCAUUCCUUGCUUCAACUCAUCUUCCUAUUAGGAGCGAAACCGAUCUCAUUUCGAACAUUUCUGCAAGUUCCAUGAUGCCCCUCGAAAAUCAUCCACUUAUAUAUUCAAAUCCAGAAUUUACGACAGUUCGGUUCUUGACUCCUCAAGCAAGUGUUCAAACGGUAAAUGCUGGAGCUGCAAGUGUUGCGCCCAGCGAAGCAUCUGUAAAUGCGGAAAACUCAAGAAAGCCAUCGAAAGCACGAUUACAAAGUGAAAUGGAAAUUCGAAAUCAACAUUAUCAAAAACAAAAGCAAUACGCUUCGACUAAAGAAACACGGGCAAAGCGAUUAACUGAUAUCGACUUUGAAGGGAUUUUACAACUAAUCGGUGGAUGCUCUUAUUGGCAAAUUAUAGUUUAUCUGAUCAUAUCAGUUCAACAAGUUCCGCACGCAAUGUUCAAUCUUUCUGUUGUUUACAUGAUGUAUCAACCCGAUCAUUGGUGCAAGAUUCCGUUCUUCAAUGAAGAGUCAUUUUCCGCAGAGCUUGGUUACACAAACUACACUUGGGAUCAAGUUCUCAACUCAACAAUUGCAUUCCCUAGAACGUUCAACAAGCAGCGAAAUGAACUGCACCACGAUCAGUGUCACUACUUUGAACGGGAUUAUGUACAUAUCAAAUUGUCGCCGUGGGCGCAGGUCAAAGACAUGAAUGCGACAGGAAAAAUAAAUAGAUGUAAAGAAUGGGAAUACGAUACAUCGGUUAUGGAUCGAACAAUUGUGACAGAGUGGAACCGAGUUUGUGACAACAAUUGGAGUCGUGCUCACGUUCAUAUGAGUUAUUCUCUUGGCUACCUGGUCGGAUGUUUUGUUGGAGGAUUUAUCAGCGAUAGAUAUGGUCGUAAAACUGCCAUCACCGGAUUUGGAAUACUUACCAUGCUCUUUGGCUUUCUUCUCACAUACUCGAAAGAAUUCGAAAUUUUUCUUGUUGUUCGAUUUCUUCUCGCCGCUACAAAUGAAGCAGCUGAUCUUGCCGCAUAUGUUCUCUGCAUGGAAGUUACUGGUACCAAAUACAGAUCUAUUGUUGGAUCAUUGAUUCAAGCACCUUGGGCAUGCGGUUACGCUUUCUUGGCUCUUAUAGCAUACUUGACCAAAUCCUGGACUAUGAUUCAUCUCAUAUGCGUACUCCUACAUAUAAUCAGUUUAAUGUUACUCUACUUUCUUCCUGAAUCUCCACGUUGGCUAAUACUGAAUAAUAAAACAAAACAAGCUGAAAAAAUUAUUCGUGAAGCUUGCCACUAUAAUAAAAGUCGACUCCCCAGUGAUUUGGGACUUGUGAGACAUGCUGAAAAGAAAAAAUGGAUGAAGCACAAUGAGAAACCAUCUUAUUUCCAUUUAUUCCGUUCUUCAGAGCUACGUUUUAGAAAUGUUGUUUUGUUUAUUGUUUGGAUAGCAACUGCUCUGGUCUACUACGGAAUGGUUAUUGCAUUGUCAGAUCAGUCAUCACCAGGAAGGAGGGUUUUCGAUGGUAAUUUUUUCUUGAACAAUGCAAUGGCAGGAGCUAUUGAACUUCCAACACUAGUAUUCUGUGUAUUUUUGCUCAGAAUGGGUAGAAAGAGAUCACAGAUGCUUGUUCUCUUCGGGUCCGGUCUAUUCCUGUUAACGUCAGUAGUAAUGGUAUACAGAAAACAAUCUACUUUGGCACUCAUUUUCAUGUUACUCAGCAAAGCUUGUAUUCAAGGCUCAUUUAAUAUAUUGUACAUCUUUACGUCUGAACUCAAUCCGACGGUCGUGAGAAACAGUGCAGUAGGAAUAUCAUCUAUGGUCGCUAGAAUGGGAGCUGGUGCAUCUGGUUAUAUUGCAAUUCUUUCUGACGUCACUAUGCCCUUAGUACCGAUGACAAUUUUUGCGUGUUUCUCAUUAUUGGCGGGGUGUUUGGUACUCUUACUGCCGGAAACUCAAGGAUUGCCAUUGCCAGAUACUAUUUUGGACUCUGUACAAAUGGUCAAACGAAACACCAAGCCAUGCGGAACUUUGUCCGGGACAUUUUUAGGAGGCAUUGACGACGAUGCACAACCGUACGGUGGAAAACUCCCACCCCGAGUUUCUUCAGACGAUGAGGAGGAGGAAGAGGAAGAGGACUCGGAAGAGUCGAUUCCAGAAAAAACUGCGUAAUUUAUAGAAAAGAACAUGACGUGUCUAAUUUGUUGAUUUUGUGCAAAUGUUUAUCGACUUAAUGGGAAUAUCAGAAAUGCAAUAUAUAAUAAACGGCUGAAUAAUGUUUU